GCUCGGAAGAAGCCAGCAGCACCGCCCGUAUGAACGUUUUGCUCUCAGGGGUAACUCAAUCAUGGAAGAUUAUCCUAUGUAUGAUGUUUACAUUGGCUUUUCUUCUUGUGGGACUUCAAAAUUAUCACUGGCUUAAAGAAACAGAGUUUCCCCAGAAAUCCAGACAAUUAUAUGCUGUAAUUGGAGAAUAUGGUUCAAGGCUUCAUAAGUACCAGGCCAGACUUCGUAUGCCUAAAGAGCAACUGGAACUUUUAAACGGUUGGCUGGCACUACUUAGAGAUCUGAAGGAUGGUACACACAGUGACAGCGGGGAUGCCCAUGGGGAGCCUGCCGAGGACCACGAGCACCUGGACGAAAUGUCAGUCUUGGUAGAUUAUGUGCUUAAAAAGUUGAGAGAGGACCAAGUCCAGAUGGCUGAUUAUGCCCUGAAGUCAGCUGGAGCCUCCAUCAUUGAAGCUGGGACCUCAGAAAGUUACAGAAAUAAUAAAGCAAAACUGUACUGGCAUGGGAUAGGGUUCCUAAAUUGUGAAAUGCCUCCAGAUAUUAUCCUUCAGCCAGAUGUCUACCCUGGAAAGUGCUGGGCUUUCCCAGGUUCCCAGGGUUAUACCCUUAUCAAGCUUGCCAGGAAGAUCAUACCAACUGCUGUUACCAUGGAGCACAUCUCAGAGAAGGUUUCUCCCUCAGGAAACAUCUCCAGUGCACCCAAGGAAUUUUCUGUCUAUGGAAUCACUAAAACAUGUGAAGGAGAAGAAAUUUUCCUAGGCCAGUUUUUAUAUAACAAAACAGGAACCACCGUUCAAACGUUUGAGCUCAAGCAUAAAGUUAAUGAAUCUCUAUUAUGUGUGAAACUUAAAGUCCUUAGCAAUUGGGGACACCUGAAGUAUACUUGUUUAUACCGAUUCAGGGUCCAUGGCACCCCAGGAGAACACAACUAG